AAACUAAACAUAAAAGGAGUUAAGAUAACUUUGUUAUGUGGACGGUGCUAAAUUAAACAUGACACGUCCAAGGCAGAAUUCGAUACCUACUCCUCUUUUGCCACGUGUCCCCUUAGCCAUGGACCCUUCUAUUCUGGUAACAUUUCAGAAUUCCACUUUCAUACGCCAAUACCUUCUUUGGUAGUUAAAGCCAACCACCCCAACCUGAACAUCACUUUAACUCUUAACCGUUUUCUCUCUUUCUUUUUCUUCCUCUUAAACUAAGUCGUCUCUGCUUCUAGCUAAUUAAAUCAUAUCAAAUCAAAUAAUUCGCCACACACAUAUGACUAAGUUGUGGACUUUGAUCACCCAACUUCAUUCCCUUGCUGGGCCGGUGUUGACGUUAUUGUACCCUUUGUAUGCAUCGGUGGUAGCGAUAGAGAGUCCAUCGAAGUUGGAUGAUGAGCAGUGGCUAGCUUAUUGGAUAAUCUAUUCCUUCCUCACCCUUGGGGAAAUGCUUCUUCAACCUGCUUUAGAGUGGGUACCAAUUUGGUACGAUGUGAAACUAUUGGUGGCGGCAUGGCUUGUGUUGCCGCAGUUUAAAGGAGCUGCUUACUUGUAUGAGAGGUUUGUGAGAGAGCAUAUAAGGAAAUAUGUGACGGAGCGGGUCCACCACCAUCCUCAGAAUGAGAACCAGCUGCUGCAACACACCAACAAAAAAUCAACCAACGGGGGUAAGACUAAGAAGAAAUUCGUCGAUUUUAUCACUCCUAAGAAAGGGGAUCAUGAGGCUUAUUGAAUUGAGAAUGAAAAAGAUGGUGCUGAGUAGUAGAUAUGGGUUUUCAACAACUUCACUUUUAAUUUGUCCUUUUUCUAGUACCCUCUUCUCUUGUUCUAUUAUACUCAACUUUACUUAUAUUGAAGAUUAAUAUGUCAUGUAUAGUUUAUAAACAUAUAUUAAUGGAUAAUAGAUAGUAAAUAUUAGGUAUAAUAUAACCUCGUUGUGUAAGUGAUGUAAUUUCAUGCUUGAGUGAUUAACUUUCACAUGUAUUAUGGUUCUGUGAGUUCAACUUAGUGAUACCAAAUUCCAAAACUCACGCUAUUCUCAGUC